AUGACGACUGCCCCAGGCAUAAACAUCUCCAUCGAAAUCGUACUAAACGGCCAAGAUCGCGGCGGCACGUUCUGCGAUGUCCUGGUUCAAAUCCCCGGUCGUGAUGACCUUGUAUUCAAAUUGCUGUCGGAAGAUCCGCAGAACUACCGUGACGCCCCAACAGAGGCGAUUCGAAGGGCACUAGAGAUUAUCGAAAACCGCCAAAUACCAGUGGGUGAAAAGCUAGACGGGUCCCGAAUAGCCUCCUGCCGUAUUGGGACAACCAUAGCGACCAAUGCGUUGCUCGAAGGCAAAGGUCGAGAUUUUGCAUUUGUCACUACGAAAGGCUUCAAAGAUGUCUGUGUCAUCGAUGAUCAGACCCGACCGAAGCUGUUUGCCUUGAAUGUCAGAAAGCCUCCUGCGCUGCAUUCACCUUCGGUUGAAAUUGACGAACGCAUCACUAUCGAGGACUAUGAUCUUAAUCCAUUUCCUUUAGAUAAAGCGGCCAAACUCACAGAUCCUGCACUGGUACGAACACCCAGUGGGGAGGUGAUAAGGGUGUUGAAAGCACUUGAUCCCGUCGAGGUUCGAGAAGUGCUGAGCGGGCUGCUGUCUGCAGGGUAUACAUCUUUGGUCAUCUCUUUUAUGCAUUCCUAUCUGUAUUCUGGCCAUGAGGACCAGGUAGCCGACAUCGCGCAAGAUAUGGGCUUUGAAACUGUGAUCAAAGCUUCCGAAGUCAGCCCUGUCAUCAAAUUCUUGCAACGCAGCAGUUCGGCUUCAUCAGAGGCAUACUUGUACCCAAUCGUGCGGGAUUAUAUUAAGGCGUUCCAGACCGGCUUUAGUGUACUUCCUCAGCGAGUGGAGUUCAUGGGAUCUGACGGAGGCUUGAGACAAGCGGACAAGUUCCGCGGAAAUGAAGCUCUUCUCAGCGGGCCAGCUGGGGGCGUUGUGGGCAUUGCUCGAACUUGCUUUGAUGCUGCCGAAGGGACUCCUGUUCUUGGGUUUGACAUGGGAGGAACCAGCACAGAUGUUUGUCGGUAUGAUGGAAAAUACGAUUAUCUGACGGAGACGACGGUGGGGGGUCGAAAGAUCACAACGCCGAUGCUGAACAUCGCGACGAUCGCGGCCGGCGGAGGUUCGAUGCUGUUCGCCCGCCAUGGACUCUUUGUCGUUGGACCUGAGAGCGCAGGGGCUCACCCUGGUCCUGUGUGUUACCGAAAAGGAGGUUCUCUUACUGUGACAGACGCCAAUUUGUUUUUGGGAAGACUGGUCCUGUCUUCAUUUCCGGCUAUCUUUGGCCCGAAUGCGAACCAACAUCUCGAUCUGGAUGUUACCAAACAAAAAUUUGAUGAACUCACUCGCGAGAUCAACGAGCAAACUGGGCAAAAGCUCACCCCCGAGGAGGUGGCAUUCGGAUUUCUCGAUGUCGCAAACGAAACCAUGACCCGACCAAUGCGCAACGCAACAGAAGUGCGAGGAUUCGCGCCAAGCAGUCACACCUUGGUCAGUUUUGGAGGGGCUGGAGGUCAGCAUGCUUGCUCAAUUGCUAGCAAACUCGGCAUCACACGGAUCCUCAUCCACAAACACUCUUCACUGCUAUCAGCAGUCGGAAUUUCUCAAGCCGAUCUGCAGGUCGAAAAAACAGUCCCUGUUGUUGGUUCCUUCGAUUUCAAAGUGCUGGACGACAUUCGAGCUCAUAUCAGCAACCUGAAAUCCCAAGCUGAAUCUGCCCUUCUCUCACAGGGCGCAGAUCCAUCCACUGUUGUCUUUGAAGAAUCCCUGAGUUUGAGAUAUACCGGUACAGACACCAACAUUGUCGUGCCCAAACCUAAGGAUGAAGAUUAUGGGGCCUCAUUUAUAGCCACACAUCUGCGAGAGUUUGCAUUCGUUCUCGACAGAAAAAUACUGAUCGACUCGAUCAAGGUCCGUGGUGUUGGCCGAAGUGGUGUUGCUAUCGAGGAAGUAUCACCAUAUUCGCAGCUAGAACAAGUCAAGUCUCUAAAUGACUAUCUGCAGGCUGAUCGAACUCAGUCUGUAUAUUUCGAUUCAAAGUGGCAAAACGUUCCGAUAUUUCAACUUACCUCAAUCCAGCGACCCUCUCAGGUCCGAGGUCCUGCCUUGUUGAUUGAUGCGACUCAAACGAUAUUCGUGGAGUCUACCUUUGAUGCCUUCCUCCUCCCAAAUCACCUGGUCCUCGAGAAAUCGGAGACUAAAACCCCCUCCAAUACCGAAGUAUCUCAGUCCGAGACUAUCGACCCAAUCCAGCUUUCCAUUCUUUCUCAUCGGUUCAUGGCAAUUGCCGAGCAAAUGGGCUACACACUGCAGCGCACCUCUAUUUCAACCAGCAUAAAAGAGCGCCUGGAUUUCUCGUGUGCCAUCUUUUCACGGGAGGGAAAAUUAGUAGCUAACGCCCCGCAUAUCCCCAUUCACCUCGGAAGCAUGCAAUAUGCAAUCCAAUACCAGCACCGUCUAUGGGAAGGAAAGUUGAAGGCCGGCGAUGUUCUUCUCAGCAAUCACCCUGAAUGCGGUGGAACCCAUCUUCCAGAUCUGACUAUCAUCACUCCCGUCUUUGUGGACGGCGAGACCACCGUUGCUUUCUAUGUUGCGGCUCGUGGUCACCAUACGGACAUAGGUGGACAAGGAAUCACAUCUAUGAUGCCAGACUCCAAGGAACUGUGGCAAGAAGGGUUCAAUGUUCGCUCGAUGAAAAUAGUGGAUAAUGGUGUUUUCCUUGAAACCGAUGUGCGCAAUGCCUUCUUGGCUGCGGGUGAUCUCCCUGGGUGCAGCCCAAGUCGUCGAUUGGACGAUAAUAUCUCCGACAUCAAGGCGCAGGUUUCGGCAAACCAGCGUGGUAUUCUUCUUUUGCAGAAGAUGUGUGCCGAAUUCACUUUCCCAUUUGUGGAUCGCUAUAUGAAUGCUAUCCAAAGGAAUUCCGAAACAGCAGUCAGAGAAUACCUUAAGAGUGUUUCCCAGACUAGGACCAUGCCCCUGACCGCCAGUGAUCACUUUGACGAUGGCACCGUUAUCAAAGUGUCUAUCUCGAUCGACGAAGCUGGCGGGGCAGUGUUUGAUUUCACGGGGACUGGUCCUCAGAUGUGGGGAAACUAUAACUGCCCUAUCUCCAUCACCCAUUCAGCCGUGAUCUACAGCGUCCGGUGCCUGCUUGAUGCAGAUAUCCCUCUCAAUGAUGGCUGUCUAUCGCCUAUAGACAUUCGCAUCCCCAAAGGAUCAGUUCUGAGACCCAGCGCCUCCGUGGCCAUAUGCGGCAGUACGCUAGCAAGCCAGCGUGUAAUUGACACAAUCUUGCGAGCGUUCGAGAGCUGUGCAGCAUUUUCCGGCUGUGCGAACAGCUUCGGCUGGGGCAUGGGGGGAGGAAUCCUGCCACUGGGAUUAUUGAACCAGGGAGGCGGUUGUGGUGCUGGACCUGGCUGGCACGGAGAACAUGCCAUCCAAGCCCACUCGACAAAUACGAAGAUUACAGAUGCAGAGGUUGUUGAGAAGCGAACCCCUGUCAUUAUUCGCAAACACGCGAUCAACCCCAAUACUGGUGGAGAUGGCGAGUAUCGAGGAGGGAAUGGUGCGGUCCGUGAAAUCGAGGCUAGAAUUCCGCUUAAAUUUAGCAUUCUCAGUGAUCGACGGGUGUUUUCUCCGUAUGGUAUGAACGGUGGUCAACCUGGUUCUGUGGGAAAGAACUAUGCAUUCAAGUGGAAUGAAGAAAAGACGGCUUUGGAGAGACUUUCUCUUACUGGGAAAGCCGCACUCGCGCUGCAGGCCGGGGAGAUUAUGCAAAUCAAUAGCCCUGGUGGAGGAGGUUGGGGUGUUCAUACUUGA